AUAUGUAAUGUAAUAACUUUGCUAUGUGGCAAACCUUGGACCUUCAGGCUGGAAGCGUGGUGGUCUUGGUUGGCGGUUAUGCCCAAGAACAUCAGAUCAGCAAUGGCAACCUCUUCUUUCUUCUUCACCUUGCUAUUACUGCUUCUCACUGUUUCAGAUUUGUUUGUGCAAAGCCGUGGCCUUAAUUUUGGAAUCAACUACGGGCAAAUAGCCAACAACCUUCCAUCUCCAUCUCGUGUGGCUGUUCUAAUAAAAUCUCUGAAUGUAUCCAGAAUCAAACUCUAUGAUGCUGAUCCAAAUGUUCUAUCUGCAUUCUCCAAUUCAGAUGUGGAAUUCAUCAUAGGACUAGGGAACGAGUAUCUGCAGAGCAUGAGAGACCCUUCUAAGGCUCAGAGCUGGGUUCAACAGCAUGUUCAGCCUUACAUUUCACAAACCAGAAUCACUUGCAUCACUGUAGGAAAUGAGGUAUUCAACUACAAUGAUACACAGCUCACAGCAAAUCUUCUCCCAGCAAUGCAAAGUGUGUAUAAUGCCCUUGUUAAUCUAGGACUAGCACAACAAGUUACUGUUACGACUGCUCAUUCUUUCAACAUUUUAGCCAAUUCUUUUCCUCCUUCAUCUGGGGCAUUCAGGCAAGAUCUGAUACAAUACAUUCAACCCCUCCUUAGCUUUCAUGCUCAAAUCAAAUCACCCUUCCUCAUUAAUGCAUAUCCCUUUUUUGCAUACAAGGACAAUCCAAACCAAAUCUCCUUGAACUAUGUGCUAUUUCAGCCAAAUCAAGGGGCCACUGAUCCAAACACCAAUUUACAUUAUGAUAACAUGUUGUAUGCUCAGAUUGAUGCUGUCUACGCCGCCAUCAAAGCGCUGGGACAUACCGAUGUUGAAGUCAGGAUUUCAGAAACUGGUUGGCCUUCUAAGGGUGACCCUGAUGAGGUUGGAGCCACACCCCAGAAUGCAGAAAUAUAUAAUAGUAAUUUAUUGAAGAGGAUAGAGCAGAAGCAAGGCACUCCUGCUAAUCCAUCUGUUCCAAUUGAUAUUUUUGUCUUUGCACUUUUCAAUGAGAAUUUGAAGCCUGGUCCUGUUUCUGAGAGAAACUAUGGCCUUUAUUAUCCUGAUGGUACCCCAGUUUAUAACAUUGGAUUAGAAGGUUAUCUCCCAGAAAUGGUUAUAGAGUCCAAAUCUAACGCUUUGUCCACCAAUUUUCUCAUCUACAUAUUUACAUGUUUGUUGUUCAUUUGGGAGCUUUCAAGACCGUGACAAAACAAAUAACUUUCUACAAAUCAUUCUUUUGCAAGAGUUGGUGAAGGGAGACAAAGGCAAGGCAAAUUCUACACUUUUUGUACACAGCCAUGGGAGCAGUUGUUCAAGGACUAGUUCGUAUUCUUAAAUCUAGUUUUUAGCUAAAUCCAUUCAUAUAAUUUUUUAUUUCACAGUUUAGAAAUAAUCGUAAUAUGGAGUACAGUGAUUUUUUUUGACAGAAAGUUGAUAUAGAAAAAAAAACGUUUUCUUUUUUAGACAGAAAGAAAGGAGAAUUAUAUAUUAUGCUGUACAUGUAGAAGAAAGUGUUCAGUUAUGACUCUCGUUUGUGCGUAGUCUCAGUUGGCAAUUUUUUUGUGAAAAACUUCAUUGAGUUAAACUAAUGAUGCUGAUUUAAUUUGUUUUUAUAUGUACUUACAAA